AUGACUGCACAGGUGAACAGAGUGAAGAGCCCACAACCUGCUCCAUCCGUGAUCUCUGGUGUAGCUUCCAUGGAACAACCACCCACAACACCUCAGAGUGCCGAGCAGCUUCUAAUGCGGCUUCCGCACGGAACAGACCGCAUACUCUCAGAGACAUCAUCUGUUACCGUUGCCGGAGAUCUGGGCACAUGGCUAGACGAUGUCCCUUUCCGACUGGCCAGCAAGAAGCUCCCGGUCCAGCUGGCAGAGUUACAGAAGGGGGCAAUAACUUCCACCUAUACACAGACAGAAACCGUAACCCCACAGAUAGCCAUGUUGAGUUCCCCCAAGUUGUCAGGACGGCCUCUCGUGGGACUCAAUAUUAACGGCAAGACAACCCUGUGCUUUCUUGACACUGGAUCUGAGGCCACGUUGAUAAAGCCGAGUGCCAUAGCUAUGAUCACGUCUUGCCAAAAGCUUCAGCACAAACCCUCCAACAAGAUUCUCCGAGGAGUAACAGGGCAACCACUUCAUGUGUCUGCUGAAGUAACACUUCAUUUUCACAUGGCUGAUGAUUCGACCAUCGUUCAUCAGGCCAGUGUGGUUGACGUUUCCUUCCCAGGUGACAUUCUUAUUGGGAUGGAUCUCCUCAGGCGGCUGCACUUUACUUUCUCCUCUGAAGCCUCAACUGGGAAUGCCACCAUUACUCUGCAGGGACACACGUUCUCAGUUGUCUACACUGAUGCAGAGUCUCUCAAGAUUUGCUGCAUCAAACCCCUGUCACCCACAGAAGUUGCCAGUGAAGAUGCACCAGAGUCUAACCAAGAUUCCCCGGCAGUUGCAGCAGUGCAUCUUGUACACCGUGCAAAUAUUGCAGCUCACAGUGGCUGUUUUGUAGAAGGGUCUCUUUCGCGGAGUGGGCCAACCGAUGGUGAUGUCCUUGUAAUUCCAACCAUGCCAAAAGGACUUCUCCUACCCCAUGCUGUCACCAAAGUAAAGGAUCGUCGGUGCUCCGUGUGGGUGGUGAACACAAUGCCCAAACAGAUGGUUCUCCACAAUGGAACACGCCUUGGAACAGCUGAGCAGGUAGAAGCCAUCUACAGCAAUGACCCAUCUCAACACCUGCCCGAAAUGCCUGAGGAAGUCGUCGCCAGGCCCAACUACUGUCCUGUCGAGUCUGAUUCCCUUGAAGAUGGUAACAGUAUCGACUUUGGGUGGGAAGAGGAUGGCUUUGAUCGACAGUUUGGAGUGGAGGACUUCGGUUAUAAUGAUGAUGAGUUGGAGGUUGAACACGCACAGCUACCGCCAUCCAUUGCCAUUGCCGCCUGCAAAGCCGCCGAACUCCUGGAGCAUGAUGCAUGUCAGAAUGAUCACCCAAAGCCAGAUCUAGGCCACCUUGAAGAACCCCAACGCCAUAAACUGACUGCACUGCUUUGUCGUUACAAGGGUCUCUUUGAUGGUGGUGAGGAAGCGGGGUCAACAUCACCCUGGAUGAGCCCAGUUGUGCUAGUGAAGAAGAAGGGCGGAGGUCUCAGGUUCUGUGUUGACUACCGUGGCUUGAAUGCAGUGACCAAGGGAGAUACAUAUCCUCUGCCACUUAUCAAUGAACUCAUCGAUGAACUGGGACCAAAGAACAUCUUUACCACACUAGAUGCUCGUGCUGCAUACUGGAGUGUGGAAGUGGAAGAAUCCGACCGGCCAAAGACGGCAUUUUCAGAUGGCUACCGACUCUUCCAGUUCUGCCGUCUUCCUUUUGGGUUAUCGACAGCUCCAACCACAUUCCAGAGAACAAUGAAUGUCGUCCUAUCAUCAUUGCUCUCAUUGGCUGGCCUAAAGCUUAACAUGGAGAAGUGUCAGUUUGCUGCAACAACCAUAGACUUCCUCGGCUUUACAAUUUCACCUGAUGGAGUCUCCCCAAACAGAGAUAAGGUGUUGGCUAUCUCUAACACACCUCCACCACGAACAAAAGAUCAAGCUUGGACCUGGGGACCUGAACAGCAAGCAGCAUUUGAAACUUUGAAAGAUAAGCUGAUCUCUGCUCCUGUCUUACGCCAGCCUGACUUCUCCAAGGAAUUCGAGCUUCACACUGAUGCCUCUCAUGAAGCUCCGGGAGCAGAGACUCGCUAUCCAGCUAUUGACUUGGAGGCCCUGGCUGUUGUGGAAGGAGUCCGAACUUUUGAUUCAUAUCUGUAUGGAAGGCGCUUCACAGUGUACACCGACCACCGACCCCUUGGUAUAUGUGUUCAGCAGGAAAACUAA